UCACAUGCUUGGGUUUCUUCAAAUAUACGAAUUUAAAAUGCGCGAUGUUGACAUCGGUAAAAUGACAACUACUGUACAUUUACAACGUGAUAAGAAACAUUCGUUCAAUGAAAUUGGAUAAUUCAUAUUACUCAACAUGUUAAUCAAACUUGAAAUAUUCAAGUUCUUACUAGUGGCACUUCAUUACAUUCCGUGUAGAGGUGACAGUGUACGCGAAUGCAACGUAAAUUCAGCGACUGCAACUUGUGAUGCUGGGUAUAUUGAAAUUGUUAACAUCACAUAUGGAGUAUUAAAGAAUCCUCGCAAUAGCUGUGCAUUGAAUAGUGGUGAUGAUUGUAUCAUACAGACCUACAAGACAUGUGAAGUACGGUCAUACAACCACAAGAAAUGUCAAUUGUUUUAUUCGAAUCUAACAACUGGUUCAGAUUGUACAAAGUCUCAGGGAGCUAAGGAAUAUGUGGAAAUUGGUUUCAAUUGCAUUACAGACGUCAAACAUGGUUGUCCUGCUAAGGGUAUCACCAAAGAGCUUCAUAUCGUGAACAAAGGUUUUCCAUCUGAAACCACAAAUCCAGUUCCCACCUGUGUAUGCCAUGUCAAUGCUUCAGUGGAUAGUGGUGUCAUCAAUGUAAACCUCAUUGAAGCCGCUGGUUUCUCACAAGAACCAUUCACAGAAUUCAGCAUAAUUAAUGCUACGGGACAUAUUAAGAAAGCUAUAGAUAUAUCUAAAAGACAACCGGGUAACAAAAAACGGUACUUGGACAAAAGUACAUGGGCUAAAGUUAUUUUGAAAAUAGAUUCCAAAAUCAACAAUAUGUAUUGGAUAUCCUUAGAAAGCUCUUCGGGAUACGAUCUGAACUACUCAUGUUUUGAAUUCCAACAACACUCACAAAGCACAACUACUAGUACUCCAACCUCUCCAAUAAUCACAGACAGGAAAAUCCCUUCAGAUGGAAGAGAACCAACUCCUUUUCAAACAAAGGCUAUCACCACGCCUUUGGGAACAGAAAGGAUGACAACGGAAGUUGACAACAACAAGCCAACCAACGUUGCAUUGGCUAAUCCGCCACAAGGCAUACUCGCAGGCACUAUUCAGAUAGGAAUAGUUCUCGGAGCAGCAAUAUUUACAACAGUAAUAGUAGGGAUAGUUGUCCUAGUGAUAUUGUGCAGAAGAAAAAAGCGACUCGGUUCGAAAAGCCCCAAUCGGGAAUCUGAGCACAAUGUAUACAUGAACGAUGCUUUUGAGUAUGACAAAAACAAUGAGAAAGACAUAAAGAGAAUUGCACCAUCGACUCAACACAAGACUAAAAGUGUGACAGAUCCCACUUACGAUGAUCAAAAAGACGGAGAUGAAACAAAGGAAAUCCGCAAUGAUAGCAAUCCAGAGAUCAUGGAUGAUUACAGUACCGUUGAGAAUUUACAGACUGGUGAUUCACAAAAAUCUCAGCCUGUUAAUCAUUCUGCAGUUUAUAAUAAUGAACAGUUUCAUCUUUAUGCUAAUACACUUUCAAGGGAGAAGCCAAAAUUACUCCCGAAACCAGAUAUAAACUCUGUGCUUCAUACAGAGAUAUGGGGAAAUGAAGGUGCAUGCUGCAAAGGAACCUAUUAACCAUGUGUUUGAUACAGAGACUGGUGAAAUACUAGCUGCAAAGGGAAUUAUCAAUAAGAACGAAAGUGGAUAUAAGCAUCCAAAACCCCUCAGUCCAAAUAAGGUAUGGUUCGCUGAUGACAAUAUGUACGCCUCUGUCAACAAAAAACCAACUGAUGUGACAAGUCCACAGGCAAAUCCCGGAGUAGAAACCACAUAUGCAGCCGUUUUACCUAAAAACAAUACAGAUAAACGUAUAUCGAACAACGCGACCCCAACCAUUGAACAUGACGACACAUUCCAGCCUGGUCUCCCGGAUAAGAUGUGGGAAGAUGGUACAUAUGCAGAUAUUUCUCAACACAUGGUUUGAGACACACAAUUGACCGGACAGUUUAACUGGAAAGGGGAGGGGAUAAGUAAAACAUCGAUAUUUAUAAUUCACCGUCGCCAUUUAAUAGAGCAUUUAUAGUGAGAAUGAGGAAGAAAACUAGUAAAUAAUUCUAGUUUCAUCAUUUACUCCUUCCCUCAUAAUCAUGAGAUGUUGACUGUUUGAUAAAGCCCAUUCCUUGGGUUUCUAUAUCAGUUU